CGUCACUUCGGGAUUUAUCGGGAUGACUCCGCGGAGAGUCACGGAGCCGUCGGUGCCCGUCAAUGGAAAACCCCGCGGGAGCGCGUGCGGAUAAAAAGUCGCUGCAAAUGGAAGCUGAGACGAGAUUUACCGAGUUCACCGGCGGACAGACACCGAGACACCGACAGCCGCCCUGACAGACAUGAACCCCGCCACAGUCGCCGCCCUGCUGCACUGCUUCCUGUUGGCAGAUUUAAUCCAGUCAGCUCCUGUCAGCUCGCCACUCACAGAGGCGGCCGAGCGAGCGAAGACGCUGGUGGAGAAAAUCCUGAGAGACAUCCCCACCGUGCACGCCGCCACCAUCACUACGCAGGGUCUGACCCUCGACUCUGCCGCACAGACGACCAACCUGCAGAUGAUGGUGACAUCACUGGGCAUCCCCGCCGCCCCCGUCCUCAAGCCGCCAUCCGAACGCUUCACACUGGACGACUGUGUGAGUCGCAUGGCGGCGGGCAGCCGGCUGUACCAGGGGCUGCUGGGAGUUUUAUCAGACCGGCUGAGCGGACUGAGCGACCUGCGGGCUGACCUCAGAGACCUGCUGACACGCAUCAACAAGAUGAAGGAGGCGGCUCAGCUCAGCGGCGGCAGUGCUGCAGAUCAGAGUCUGGACCUGGCCUCCCGUCUCCACGGUAACUACGAGGUGCAGGUGGCGACUCACCUGACACUCACGCAGCUCCGCUCCUUCUGUCACGACCUGAUCCGCAGCCUGAGAGCUGUCUCCACCUACAAGCUCCGCCCAUCAGGUACACGCUAAGCCCCGCCCAGCAGAGGGGACGCCACGCUGCAAGAAACAUCAGGACGCCAUGAGCGUGGCUACAACAGAACCAGCUGAGCGUCUGAAGGCGGAGCUCUCUGGGUCAGAUCACCUGCAGCAAACAGGAAGUGGUCCAAAACAAAAACAAAAGAGUUUGAUUGUGGAACAAGUUUUAAAGGACGCAGAACGACUUCCUGUUCGGACUGAGGUCACGUCACAUGAUCAGGAAGAGAUUCACCUCCUCGUGUAGCUGAUGGCAGACAUUUACUGUGAAGGAGGAGCGCUGGGAUCAGUGGCGCCUGUGUGUGUGUGUGUGUGUGUGUGUGUGUGUUUGUCUGUGUGUGUGUGUGUGUGUGUUCAGCAGGAAUGUUGGGAAUCUUCCAGGAAUGAAGAAACUGAUGAUGAUGAUGUGCAGG